CUGAUUAUUUUACUUUGAAAGACUUCCCGGAAACUGCUGCUGAGGCAUAAGCUGUCGUUUGAACGUUCAAAUUUGUGGUUUUAAAACAAAAUGUGGACAAACGACGACGUUCGAGACAACGUGAAGAAUUACUAUGGCAGAAGGCUGGAGGCCUCUUGUGACUUGCAAACAAGCGCCGCUGCCUGCAGUCGGCCCUGCAGACCUCUGCCGGAGAUCAUCACAGAUGCUCUGAGUCUGGUUCACCCUGAGGUAACUAAAAGAUUUUUUGGCUGUGGUCUUCCUUUUCCAGCCAAGCUUAAGGGCUGCAGAAUUCUGGACCUCGGCAGCGGUUCCGGUCGAGACUGCUAUGCCUUCAGUAAGCUUGUUGGACCUCAUGGACAUGUGACUGGGAUUGAUAUGACAGAGGAGCUGAUCACAGCAUCUCGCCAAUAUUUGGAGUAUCAUCAGACUAAAUUUGGCUACAAGAACCCAAAUGUCACUUUUGUCCAUGGGUACAUGGAAAAUCUCAUAGAAGCUGGUUUACUGAGGGACUCAAUGGACAUUGUGAUAUCGAACUGUGUGAUCUGUCUGUGUCCCGAUAAAAAAGCAGUGCUACAACAAGCCUAUGAAGUCCUAAAGACGGGAGGCGAGCUUUACUUUAGUGACAUGUAUGCCAGCAGCGUCAUUCCUGACCACAUGAGGGAGGAUCCACUCCUGUGGGGUGAGGGAAUGGGUGGCUCUCUGUUUUGGAGGAAUCUCAUCCCACUGGCCCACAGUGUUGGUUUCAGCACUCCACUUCUCGUCUCAGCAAGCCGUAUUGAGGUCCACAACGACCAGCUCAAAGCAAAAGCAGGGGACAUCAGCUAUGUGUCAGCGACCUACAGACUAUUUAAGCUGCCCAAACUUCCAUCGAUGCUGAGCUCAACUGUCACCUAUAAAGGAACAGUGGCAGAGUUUCCAGAUCAGCUGGACUUUGAUUCCUCCCACUGUUUCAAGAAAGACACAACAGUGGAAUUAAAUGGAGAAAUGGCUGCAAUCCUUCAGCAUUCCAGGUUUGCCACAGAUUUUAAUAUCCGGAUGUUGAAUGAGCAGAAUUUCAGCUCAGAGCCAACACCACAAGAGUAUUGCCAUCUCAACCCAUUUCUGUUGGCUGACAAAUUGGGUUCAUCUGUGAAACAAUGCUCCAAAACUGGAAAAUGAGGAGAUGGCUUCAUCCAGAGGGAGCUAAGAAUUAACCCUUUACUUCUUUUUUUUCUUUUUUACUAUAUUAACUUUUCUGUUUGACAAUUGUAUCUGUAGAUGUUUCCACAUUUGACAUUGAAGAAGCUUUAUUACAAACUCAAGGUCCAUUUGCCACAAUAUACACAAAACAAAUAAAAGGCUUAAGGAUAAAAUAAAACAUAUUGUUUAAUGCACAUUAGUAAAUCUAUUAACUUUUCCAUCACACUAGUAGUCUCAGAGCCUUGUUUUUGGAGGGGAAAAAUCUGCAUUUUCUCAAAGAGAAAUUCUUGAUCGUUAUCAUGAUUAUUCUGACAUUUUUGGUUCCACAAAAACCUAAACUGCUGAUGUAUUGAGUGAAAGAAAAUUCUAUGAAGUGUAUGAAAGGUAUUGAAACUGUAAGUGAUGAAAAUCAAAAUAAAAAGGUUUACUGUAGCAGGUAUUUGAGAAAGAACAGAAGUCUGAGAAAAAAAGUCAGAAUUUUCUAUUCCCUUUCCCCCCCCCUUUCUCUGGAACCUAAAUCUUCUUCCGUCGUAUUGUGGUUCUUAUCCUGUCACUUUAUAUAAUUAUUUAAAGAACAGCUUAAAAGUUAACCUAACCUUUAAAAAGACAGACGCCAUGACAGACAGAUCACUUAACUCUACAAAGUAAGUUUGGCAUUUUAUGUUUAUUGAAAUUAAAUCCUUUAAACAAGCAGUUUUGCUUUUAGAAUAAAAAACCAAAAAUACCAUAAAAUUUAACAAUUUGUUAUUAGUUAAGACACUUUGGUGAACAGUCAAAAAAAAAUGUCAUUUUCGUCUGUAAGUCCACUUGUUACACCCCUCCCCACACCUGAAUGCAUCCAUCUACAGCGAUAAAUAUUAUUUUAUGCAUCGUGACAUUUAGUCAUGCAUGUACCUUUGUUGGUUAACACAAUAACUGUAUAGACUAAAAUGUUAAUGCACAAACCCAACAAACGCACAGUUUUCAUUAUUGUUGUACUUUUCCAAUAAAAUGUUUGGUCCACAGUUAACAACAGUUACUAAAUAUGUCAUGCAAAAUUAUGAAAAUAUUUCAGAAACACGGUUAGCUAGUGAUCCCUUUACGAGUGAGUCCUUUAUUAAUCCCAUCACCCAAAUCAUAUAAUUUUAUCAUAUAUCUUAAAGUGUUUUUCUGCAGUGUUUCUUCAGUGUUUUUAUAAACCGUUGACAUUAAAUGAGUUGAUUUUAAAAUAAACAAAAAAAGUGGUUUUGAUUUAAAAAAAAAACAGCUCAAAGCCAAAAGUGCUUAAAUAGAACAAAUGAAUUUCUUCAGUGAAAUUACUACAAAAUAUCCUCAAAUUGCUGCGUUACUACAUUUACGUAACUACUUACAAACAUUUGGGGUAUGUCGACGUUGACAACUUAAUGUGAUUCAAUGACAAUAAAACAUGAAAUAAAAAAAAAUAAAAACAAGGACACUUCACUCUUAUUCAGUAAAUCAGAUUAUUUAGAGUGCACAAAGACCUAAUUGAAUAAAGCUACAAUAGAAACACAACUACAAAGACAGAGUAGACAGAAGGUCUGAUUGGUUCUCUGGAAGCCUGAGGCAUCAAGUGCAGCAAUCUGGCUAGUUAUAAUUUGAGACAGAAGGAGGAGAAAGCAACAUGGAAGCCACGUCCUUGGUCUCGUCUGCUCCUGCUAACCUUCACCUUUAUGUAGUCAUCCACCUACAUCUGCAGCCAGCUCAGGCUGUCAGCUCUGCACCAAUCACAGAAAAACAAAUGAGAAGAAUUAAGAAUCAUUCAAGUUUUUAAUAUACGUUUGUAAAUCAAAUCAAACUUUAUUUAUAAAAAGCGCUCCUCAUACAUUGUGCAGCUCGAAUCACUUCACAAUUGAAAACAAAAACAGACA